CGAGAACGGAGAACUGGUGCACGAGGGGGCAAAAGAGGCAUUGGAUCUGGGCAUCAGUGGUCCUGAGGGGAUGGAGAUCAGUCGACCAGAGGAGUUGGAGGCAGAGGCCACACACCGAGCCAUAACCAUCGCAAACAGGGCUCACUGUCCAGUGUACUUGGUGAAUGUCUCCAGUGUGUCUGCUGCUGAUGUCAUCGCUGCCGCUCGGAUGCAGGGCAAGGUGGUUCACGCCGAGACCACACUGGCUCAUUCGGCGCUGUGCGGCAUGCAUUACUAUCAUCAGGACUGGGCUCAUGCCGCCGCCCACGUCAUAGCUCCGCCCCUCCGGCUCGACCCCAGCACCCCCGACUGCCUGAUGGGCCUGCUGGGCAAUGACAUCAUCAACGUGGUGGCGUCGGAUCACCGCGCGUUCAACACCAAGCAGAAGGCCAUGGGGAAGGAAGACUUCACCAAGAUCCCUCACGGAGCGGCCGGCGUGGAGGACCGCAUGAGCAUCAUCUGGGAGAGAGGAGUGGCCGCUGGUAAGAUGGAUGAGAAUCGUUUUGUGGCCGUGACAAGCUCGAAUGCGGCUAAGAUCUAUAAUCUGUACCCGCGGAAGGGCCGCAUUGUCCCGGGAGCGGACGCUGAUGUGGUGGUGUGGGACCCGGACGCCAGCCGGACGAUCUCGGCGAGCUCUCAGGUUCAGGGCGGAGACUUUAACCUGUACGAGGGCCAGCGCUGUCGCGGCGUCCCGCUGGUGACCAUCAGCCGUGGUCGUCUGGUGUGUGAGAGCGGCGUGUUCACCUGCGCUCAGGGCUCCGGGAGGUUCUACCCCAUGCGAUCCUUCCCGGAUUUCCUCUACAAGAAGAUGGUCCAGAGAGAGAAGACUCAGAGGCUGCGCGCCGUGGAUCGAGCGCCGUAUUCGGGCGACAUCGCCGCCGUAAACAACUCUAUCAGGAAGGAAUCCGCCACUCCGGAGGGCGAUGUUCCCAUGCGGGCAUCCACGCGACACGCGGGCGUACGAGACCUGCACGAGUCCAGCUUCAGCCUGUCAGGAGCUCAAGUGGACGAUCACAUUCCUAAGAGAUCCUCGGCCAGAAUUCUGGCUCCACCUGGUGGACGUUCCAGUGGCAUCUGGUAACCGUGGAAACCACAGAACCGUCUCCACGGCAACCGCUUCAUGUCCUCCUACACGUGUGAUUGAAACGAUUAAAUAUCGCCGUAAACGAAGAACUGGAUCGAAUCGCAGUCAGCGUCGCAUACAAAGUGCCAAUUCAGCUGAACUCAAACUGUGCCGCAUUACGAUAAAACCACCUAAAACCAUUAUAUACUCGUAUUUCCUGCUUUUGUGAAACUAAACAAAACAAAAAGUUUCGUUGACUUCCAUAGUGUUUUAAGCGAACAAAAAUAUGUCCCAGGAACGUUAUGAAAACAUAACUGAAUGUUCUCUGAGCGUUUCGUUUUUUAAAAUAUUUAAAAACAUUUUCUUUCUUGGUUAUGUCAAUGUUAAAGAAAACGUUAGGGUAACGUUUCACUCUAUAAUAUUUCAAACAUUAUGGGAAUGUUACUGUUGAAUGUUCUCUGAAGCAAGUAGUAACAUUCAGAAAACAUUAGACAAACGCCCAACUAAAACAUUCCAUUAACAAUGUAUAAAUAAGGCUUUUUGCUAACGUUCUGAGAGCAUUAUUAAAAAGCAGAUCAGUGAACAAGCGUUACUGGAGAGAACGUUCUCAGAAUGUUUCCUGUUAGCUGGGAUACUAUGGAAGUCAAUGGGUGCCGUCAGCUGUUCGGUUCCUGACAUUCUUCAGCAGAAAAACACUCAUGCAGGUUUUAAAUGACACGAGGGAGAGUAUAUGAUGAGAUCAUUUUCAUUUUAUCGUGUUGGUCGUUGUUCUCCAGAUCACUGUUUAUAGUUCGUGAGUAAUGAGGAGGAAACCCGUUAUGAGCUAACAGUAUUAAAAGUGACUGCAUAAUUCAAGUAUAAAUGUUGAAUCUAGAAUAACCGUCCGUGUAAAGCAAAACCAAGUGUGUUUUCCCUCCUGCUUCAGGAAACACGGGAACUCUUGUGCUGAGAAUCACGUCACAGAUCCUCCUGCCCUCAUUUAGAUGAGCAUUAGCUGAUAAUGUGUUCAUCCCAGAUCACGAGGAGUGUGUUUCUGCGUCAGGUUUGGAGAAAUGCAGCAGUGUCUCACUGCAAGUG